AUGCGGUUGCUUUUGUUUUCUCUGCUUGUUGUUGUUGGAGACGUGCUAGGAAGAGCUUCUUGGGAGACAGAAAGAAAGCAUGAUAAUGUUGCUUGUGGAGAACUUCGAGAAGAAUACGUCCGAGUAUGCACUGGUGCAAAUACAAAACGAAGGGAACAGAAAGACAAAGACUUUUGCAAUGCAUUUGAGAAUAUUUGUUUCUCAAUUCCAGAAGGUGAACCGGAUAAAGCACAAGACUCGGACACAUCGGCGAGUCCCCGAACAGCAGCUAUCUCCCCAAGCGCUGCUGCUAUAAAUGGAGAGCAGUCUCAUAAGAAAAUAAAUUUUACCAGAUUCUGUAAAGAAUUUAAGAAUCGGUAUCUUUAUGUUUGUCCGGAUCCAUUCCGGUUCGGUCAGAAGGCUAUCGUAUUCUGUCCAGUCUAUUCGGAAAAGUGCAACGUUCCUCUUCCUGACAAACCAGUGGUCCCACAACGAAAGUCAUCAAAGCGACGUGGCGGAGGAGGUGCUAUCAAUCAAUUAUGCAGAAGUUAUCAAGGAUUCGCAAUGAACUACUGUAAUAAUCCACUGCUUACCGCACAGAGCCAGUAUAGAGCAGCUUGUGACAAGUAUUGGAGAUACUGUGGAAAGUUCCACCAGCAGGGAUGA